AAUUGUUUACAUUUCCCAAAGAGAGAGAAAGAGAGAGAGAGAGUCAGAGAGUCUUGUUUGUCAAGAUCUAGGGUUUCCUAUCUCCUCUUUUUUCACAGAGAACUGCAGACCCAUCUUUGGUUGGUCUUUUCUCUAUUUGAUGAAUUUUCAUUUACCAAGAUCGAUGCCUCGUGUCUUCUAAACAAUAGUUUUUUCUUUGUCCUGCCAUGGAGUAAGACGAGAGAAGCUACUUUGAUUAAUUAUGGUCACUUCUGAUCAUGGCCCUAAUCCCUAGCUAAUUCAUUUUACUUCUAGUGAGUCUCUAACCCUAAAAUUUCUUCCCAGGCCGCGUGUCUGUAGCUCAUGGGAGUGAGUUUAUUCUAGUCUUAGGUUUGGAAGGAAGGAAAGAAAGAAAGCAGAAAGGAGCCAAAAAGAAAAGAUGGAGGGAAGUGACCAAACUGGAUGCUCCAAGACAAGAGCCUCCAGACAAUAUCAAGAUGACAGUGUGAGUGGAGCAAAUGAUGAAGAUGAAAAUAUGCCUAAAAAUGGAGCAAGUUCAAGCAAUAGCACUGUUGAAGAGAAUGACAAGAGGACCUCAGUGAGGCCCUAUAUCAGAUCCAAGAUGCCGAGGCUUCGCUGGACCCCUGAGCUCCAUCUUUGCUUCGUUAAAGCUGUGGAAAGACUUGGCGGACAAGAUAGAGCUACCCCUAAGCUAGUUCUUCAACUGAUGAAUGUCAAUGGACUGAGUAUUGCUCAUGUCAAGAGCCAUCUACAGAUGUAUAGAAGCAAGAAGUUCGAUGACCCAAGUCAAGUCAUGGCAUAUCAUAGGCAUCUUGUGGAAAGUGGAGAUAGCAAUAUUUAUAAACUUCCCAUGCUACAAGGAUACAACCAACGCCAUGGUUCCAGCUACAGAUAUGGAGAUGCUUCUUGGAAUGCUCGCGAAAACUUUGUUUAUAAUCCUCAUAUGGGUCGGUGUUUAGUCGACGAAACCAGACAAGGAUUAUAUGGGACAGUAGCUGAGAGGAUCUUUGGAGGCAACAGUAAUAGCAAUGGGACCAAUUGGAAGUUCCAAACAGGUGCUUCCUCUUUUGGUUCACAGUCUAGUUGGAAAACGGAAGAGCUACUGAAAGGUGAACUACGACCAUCGCACAAUCCAAAAUUUUGGCAACCCCAAUCAAGUUCAAGCUUCACUGAGCUGAACCCUGAAGCUUACUUUCUGAAAGCCAAAGUUGGGGAAAGCGCUCUUUUUAAUAGAAGUAAUAUCCUUAUUUCAGAUAUGAAAUCAUCAUCAGCAAGUAAUCUACAAGAUCAGUUGAAAUCCUUGAAAAGGAAGGCUACAGAUUGCAAUCUUGAUUUGGAUCUGUCACUGAAGCUAACAGUACCAGCAAAUGAUGAUAGCCUGCGAAGUUUGAAGGACAGUGAAGUUGAUAGUGAGUUAUCUUUAUCCCUGUACUCACCAUCAUCCUCAAAGAUUAGCAGAUUGAAGGGAGGAGGAGGUUGAUAAUUAUAAAGAAAAUGCAAAAAGGGCAAGUACUCUGGAUCUGACUAUAUGAAUGAGACAAUUCUAAGUGAGAUCUUGAGGUACUUGUUCUAAACAAUGCACUUCGUUAUUGGUUUUUAAGUAAUACAAAUUAACACCAAUCAUUUUCUUUC